AUGGGACAGAGUAAGGAGGGCGAGGGGAAGGGGAGGGGGAUCCGAGGAAACGGGGAGAACGGAAAUGGGGCGGAGGAGGCAACAGCGGCAUUUUGGAUAAUUUUCGAGUGCCUUUCUCGACUAUCGCCAUCAUCGUUGCUGACAGUGGCGAAGUUUAUUGGAGGACAGGGGAGGAUUGUUGAUGAACUGAAAAACCUCAACUGA